GUAAAUAUUUUGAUCACGUGAUUGGACUUCGCCAAUGCUGUCAUGGCGGUCUCGAGCAUCAAGAGUUUCGAUGGUUUAAAUUCCAUCAAAACAAUGCCAGUGGGAAGUCCAAAUCUACCUCGUUCAACCCUCAGUGAAAUACAUUCACAAGAGGAAUGUGGUAUUCCAUUAAAUACACGAUGGACAUUCUGGCUAGACAAAUCAAUUCCUGGUACAACUGUAGCAGAAUAUGAGGCUACCAUGAGGAAGUUAUACACAGUCAGUACAGUACAGGGUUUCUGGAGUGUUUAUAACAACAUACCCGAUGUUGACAAGCUGAAUGUCAGAUACACUUAUCAUUUAAUGAGGGAAGAAAGAAGACCAGUUUGGGAAGAUGAAUUUAAUUGUAAUGGUGGAAACUGGAGAAUAAAAUGUCACAAGUUUGAAUCUGUAAGAGUAUGGAAGGAACUUCUAUUAGCAGCAAUUGGAGAACAGUUUUCUGACUGUUUAGCUGAAGGUGAUGAAAUAAGUGGUAUGAGUAUUAGUGUACGAGAAAGAGAUGAUAUAUUACAAAUCUGGAACACUCAAGCUUUAUUACAUGAACAAGCAACAGUUAUAGAUAAAGUCAAAGAAUUACUACCUGAUGUUCAUUUUCCUGCCAUAUUUUAUAAAGCUUUUCAGACACAUUCAGCAUUUGAAGGUGAUAAACACAAGUCAAGUUGGAAAGGAUGAAAAAGAAAGAAAGAAAAACCAAAGAAAGUCAAAGUUAUUUCCCCCAAGCAUUCACAAAUUAUGUCAUAACCAGUCAACAUGUGGUAAUAGUGAAGAUUGAAUGACCUCAUUAUUGUGAGAGAAUUAGAACUCAUUAAUUUAGUAUGAAUGAUAAAGAAUACAUGUUUCUCAAAAGUUAAGAAUGAACCUGAUCAAAACCUUCAGGAAAUAACACUUCUUCUAUAUCAUGUUUAUAGCUAGUUGUAUUUUGCCAGAUUUAUAAAAUCAAGAUAAAAGGAAAGAGGAAAACACUUAUAUAUGUCAAUUUUUUAUGGAAAUUGUAGGUAUCAAUGUAGAUACCCUUCUUAAAAAUUAAACUGUAUUUUAUGAAGUUUGUAUAUGAUUUUAUAAUCAUGUCCUUAUAGCAACAUAUAUAUGUAAAACUUUUUUGUAUUUAUGGCACAAAUGUUUAUCUUUAAAAGAGGAUUAUUUUAAGAAUUUUACAAAGUGUUGUUUAUUUUUUUACUUGUCUGUGGCACCAAGUUUUGUCCAAAUUAAUUUAAGUAUAAGGCAAAAAGUAAGUUACAUAUUCUACUAUGUUUUGAACUGAGUUAUGAAAAACAAAAACAGAAAAUGGGACAUUAAUGUUAUGACAAUUGUUAAGUUGGUUUAUAAUCAGUUCUAUAUUUGACUAGAUAGAGAGAAAUAGAAUGAAAUAAAUGGUUCUGGCUUUUUCAACUUCUAUAUUUGGAUCUUUAUUCAUGAUUAUGAGAGUAUUUGUACUAAUAGUGUGAUUGUUGUAUCAGGAGUUCUCCCCAGAUCAAAUAAAUGUUUAGAAGACAUGUUAUUUCCUAGUCAUCAUGCACAUUGUAGUUAGUCAUUCAUUAGCAGUGUCAUACAUGUAUAGUUAACCUUUUUCUGUGCCACAAUGAACUAAAAUGUAUGUCUUUCACUUAUGGAAUGAUAGAAAUGUGAGUUUUUAUAGAAUAACUGCAUUUUUGAUAGACUUUUAGUAUGAUAUUUGUAGUUUUAUUUAUUUAUAUGUUGACCAUAUAAAGGAUGAAAUGUGAAAUACAAGCUAUCACAUUUUCAGAAUACAUUGUUUUUUGGCAUAUUCCAUUUUUUCAUAAUAUGUUUUUUUUUAAUACAAUUUAAUAUGAAUGCACUUGUUAAGUUUUCUUUACUUGUUCUGUUAUGAAAAACCUUUUGAACUGUUUAACUAUGUCUGGAUUUAUAGAAAUAAUUUGUCACUGAUACAAUAUGUUCUUAAGAAAUAUUCUAUUCAUUUAAAAAAAAAAUAUUUUUAUUAUCAAUCUAAAUCGGCCUUUCUUUUCAAUAUUGCUUAUUUAUUUCCUUGAAAGUUGUCUGUUCCUGACUCCAAAUGUAAGGGGCCCAAGAGGCACUAAACACAAAAUCUUGUUUAACCAAAUACUGAUGAAAUAGAGGAUUGAACAAAUAUUUUAUGUCCUUGUAUUAUACAUGCCAGUUGAAUGAUAUAUAUUAUACAUGUUAAAGAACAAAUCAGUCAAUUUGGAGAAAAAUCAAUUGGCUUGAAAUUGAGUUGAAAUGGCUGUUUCACAGUUUGUAUAGUAAAACAUAGUCUCAAAAUGAAAUCCACAAAAUUGUCUCACAAAUUAAAAAUAGGCAAUCCUUUACAGGUUACAGUUUCAUCUCGGGAAUCUAAUAUGAAGAACAGUUGACAUUUACAAUAAAAAAAUAUGGAGAUGAUUCAGAUGUUUUAGGUAACUUUCCACAAGACAUUAUUGAGUAAUUGAUUAUGCUUUAUUUAAAUAAAAAAAUUAUACUGGAAUAAUAUCUACAAAAGUUAAAAACAUUUUAGAGGAGUUGCAAGAUUUAAGAGUCAAGAGGUCAAACAAAAAAAGAGUGUUUAGUGUUUACUUUUAUAAUACUUCUUUGUCACAAUUCAUUACCAAAAGUACCGAUAGAAACUUGAAGUAGUUAUUUUGUGGGAUAAAUAAAAGGCCAGGAAGUGAACCAUUUAAUACAGGUAUUUUUUAUAUUUUGGCCUCUCAUUAGCUGUCUCACAGCAUGAAGGAUGCUUUGAUUUUUCUUGAGUGAAUAAAGUAAUAACACUUCAUUUGUACUUAUUUAAUAUUUUUAUUAGAUCAUUGAAUUUCCAUUUUAUUAAACAUUUUCAUUCCAAACUUUAUAUGUUAUGAUUUAUAGUUUUCAUAAUCUUGUUGUUUUUUUCUCUAGUAACGUGUGCUAAAAGCUUUACCCCUGCUUCUCUGAGGCAGAAGAUUCUGUGCUUGUGUUGUUUUCUAUCAUUUAUAUUCUAUUUAUAUACUGGUAUAGUUGUAUUAUUGUUUUUUUACAAUUUUAUAGUAUUGGAAAUAGUUGUACGCAAAAUUCUUUGCCAUUUUAUUUAAAGUUGUAAUAUCAAAAAUGAAUUUGAAGUAGAGGGCUGAAGAGUAUUUUAUACAAGAAACAUUCACUUUUUCCUCAUCUUGUAAAGUGCUUUAGACACAUAACCUUUAUCAAGUGUAAUUUUUAUUCUUAUUUAGCGUUAAUUUUUUUUCAUUGUUUAUCUUUUCUACAAUUUUCUCUGUCUAGAAGGGAAAACAAAUCUACAAAUCAUCAAUUUUAUGGUGGACGCUACAAGACCAGAGAUUUAAGUAGAUUUUUGAAGUAAAUUUAUACCUGUAAAUGUUUUAGGUAAAUUUGUUUAAAUCUUCAUCAAUUAUCCAAAUUUCUCUCACUGCAAUUUUUACAUUUAAAACCUAAGAAAUUGUAGCUUAUUUGUUUUGCAAAUACCUGCAUUGACUUUUUAUUUUGAUUUUUGUAAGUUUCUGAUGUAUGUGAAAAAACAAAAAUGGCUUUUGAAGAAGUAAAAUUGUAAACAACUUCUGUUGGAUUGUAUAAGUGAUAUAUAUUUAUAUUAGAAUAAAAAAGAUGGUAUAUAUAUCAUUAGAGGUAAACAAUGUUUUGUAUAGUAAUAUCUAGAGAUAUAUGUGUGUCUAUAUUUAGAAAAUUGAAAUAUGAGAGGAUGCCAUUUUGUGGUACUUGCAUGAAAAAUGUGAUAAAUCAGUAUACUGUUAUGUAUGUCACUGAAAUAUUUUAUCAAAAGGUAGACAUUCUCAUUCCAUGACUUGGCAAUUUCAAAAAUAACUUCAUGCUUACUUAGUCAUUAAAGGGAAAUUUCAACGGUGUUUCUCAGGUAUUACUUAUUACUAUUUUCUACGAACACAUUAGUAUGCUCAGGUUACAUAAAAAAGGAAAAUGUGGUUUAAAGUCAUCUUUCUGAAAUAAAAAUCAUCCCCAACUAAACCCUAUAGUAAUAAGGCAAUUUCAUUGCUUUUAACAAAGCAAAAAUGGUGUUUAUUCACAGUUUUCAGUUUUGUUUUACUGAAAUUUUUAAAUUUUGUACAUGUAUACCCUCUCUACUUGUUUAAAUAUCUUUUUAAAAAGAGGAUUAAAAAAACUCUGAAACAAAUCAUCAUUUAGAUACAAAAAAUAAGAUUUGGUAUGAUUGCCUAUGAGACAACUCUCUCUACCAGAGACCAGAUGACACAAACAUUAACAACUAUCAUCAAUUAAAAAAACUUAUUAAAGAAAAUUUACUUUUUUUUUAUUUUUGUUCAGCUUUAGUAGUAAAGACUUCUGACAGUCCAUGAAUGCAGUAUUUUGUGUUUUUUCGUUUAUUCACUUAAUAUUUAAUUUAAGCUUUCAAUAUGAAUAAGGAUGAUUUGGAGCAUAUAUCAAUAAGGCUUGCUCAACUGAAUAAUGCAAUAAAGAAAGGUGGUCUUUGACUAUGCUUUAAAAGAAUAACAUAGCAAAAAUCAAAACCAUCAAACACCACAGAAAUAUUAUUUAAAGAAGACAAUUCCUUUUAUUUAAAUAUGAUAUAUAAUCCAACCAAAUAUGAAUAUAUAAUAAUUUGUAAAAAGAUUUAAAUGAAAUAUGUAUUGAAUAAAUGUCCAUCACAGAUGCAAAUAUUUCAUGACUGUUUUUAAAUGGUGAUUGAAUAAGGUGCUUGUUUAAAACAAAACUUGUUUUAUUUUUAUAUUUUUAUUAUGUUGUUUGUGUCUUUUUUUUAUUUGUAUCUCAUCAGGCAAAAUAAAAUUUCAAUUGUCA